CAGCAUCGGCCCUGCUGGCCCCUGCUCAGCUGUCACCAGCCCUGGUGUUUGGUAGCCAUGGCUGUGCUCCUGCUCCUCGUCCUGCUGGCCCUGGGCUGGCCCGUGCACGGCACAGAGGACAACUGUGGGAUCUGCGGGCUCCGGCCCUUGGUGCCUGAUUCCGCCGUACGCGUUGUGGGCGGCACCGAUGCACGCACAGGGGCCUGGCCCUGGAUUGUCAGCAUCCAGGACCGCUAUGGCUCAGGCACAGGGCACGAAUGUGGAGGGUCCCUCAUCAGCCCAAAGUGGGUCCUCACAGCAGCCCACUGCUUUAAGAAGAAGAGGCCCCUCGAAGUAUGGCGCGUGGUGAUUGGGGCCACCAACUUGUUUCGGCGGGACCCUGAGUUCGAGGUGCGCAACAUCACCCACAUCGAGCUCCACGAGGACUUCCACAACCUCACCAUGGAAAACGACAUCGCCCUGGUGGAGCUGAGCCGUCCUGUCCAGUGCACCCCCUACAUCCAGCUGGCCUGUCUGCCCGAUAUGACGGUCAAAGUAUCAGCUCUGAAAAACUGCUAUAUCAGUGGCUGGGGUCACUCCAGAGCCAGAUCUACAAAGACCCCUGGAGCCCUGCAGGAGGCCAAGGUGGAGCUGAUUGAUGUCCAGCUCUGUAACAGCACUCACUGGUACAGAGGGGAAGUCCACACCCACAAUCUGUGUGCUGGCUACGAAAAGGGUGGCAUCGACACCUGCCAGGGGGACAGCGGGGGCCCUCUGGUCUGCAGAGAGACUGACGAAGACUUAUUCUGGCUGGUGGGAGUGACCAGCUGGGGGAGAGGCUGUGCCAGAGUGAGGCAGCCCGGGAUUUACACCUCCACUCAGCACUUCUACGACUGGAUCCUGAUGCACAUGGAACUGGAGCCAGAAGAAACAGACACUCCACCACCACCACCUCCACCACAACCAACUCCACCACCACCGCCUCCACCACCACCGCCUCCAGUACUACUGACUCCACCACGACCGACUCCACCAUCAACACCUCCACCACCACCACCACCGCCUCCAGCACCACUGAUGCCACCAUCACCGCCUCCACCACCACCGACUGCAGCACCACUGAUGCCCCCACCACCGCCUCCACCAUCACCGCCUCCACCACCACCCCCUCCACCACCGCCACCACCACCACCAACUCCAGGACCACUGAUGCCACCACUGAUGCCACCACGACCACCUCCACCACCACCUCCACCACCACCACCUCCACCACCACCGCCUCCACCACCACCAACUCCAGCACCACCACUGAGCUUGUCUACGCCCUGUCCGUUCCCAGAGAGGCAGCUGGUGCGAUUCUUCAAGGUGCUGCGUCAGCUCGUGAAGUUCCUAAAGGGAAAAAAGGCCUGAGCAGCAGGAUGGACAGUAUCCAGUGCAGGCUGCAGUGUCCCACAGCUAUUUCCUUCUGGAUGCCUGCUGAUCGCGAGGCAGCCUUGGUGCCAAAGGUCUGCUGUGUCCUGCCCACACCCCUCUCAAUGCACACAUGUGAAGAAGUGUCCUCAGUUCUUGAAAUAAAG